GGAUAUGGUAACGGAGGCCAGGGAGGCUAUGGUAACGGAGGCCAGGGAGGCUAUGGUGCUGGUCUGGGAGCAGGAAAUGGCCAAGGAAUGGGGACGGGAGCCGGACUGGGUUCACAGGGUGGGAAACCACGUGGAGGUGGAGGAUACGGUGGUAAUGGAUAUGGCACACAGCCAGGUUACGGGGCUGGAGCCGGAGCCAGAGGCUAUCCACGACCAGGUGCUGGAGCUGGGUAUCCCAAUGGACAGGGAUCUAAGGGACCAAAACCGGGGUAUGCUGCAGGAGCUGGAGGAGUUCCCACUGGACAGGGUGCUAAACCAUCCAAAAAGGGAUAUGGUGCAGGAGCUGGAGUGCCCAAUGGACAGGGUGCUAAGCCCAAUGGAUAUGGUCCAGGAGCUGGAGUUCCCAAAGGUCAGGGAGCCAAAGGCAAUGGAUAUGUUCCAGGAGCUGGAGUUCCCAGUGAUCAGGGAGCCAAAGGCAAUGGAUAUGGUCCAGGAGCUGGAGCUACCAACGGUGCUAAAAGCAAUGGAUAUGGUCCAGGAGCUGGAGUUCCCAGUGAUCAGGGAGCCAAAGGCAAUGGAUAUGGUCCAGGAGCUGGCAUUCCCAAUGGUCAGGGUGCUAAACCCAAUGGAUAUGGCCCAGGAGCUGGAGCACCCAACGGUGGUAAAGGAAAUGGAUAUGGUGCAGGAGCAGGAGUUCCCAAUGGUCAGGGUGCUAAACCCAAUGGAUAUGGUCCAGGAGCUGGAGCACCUAAUGGCGCUAAAAGCAAUGGAUAUGGUCCAGGAGCUGGAGUUCCCAAUGGUGGUAAAAUCAAUGGAUAUGUUCCAGGAGCUGGUGUUCCCAGUGAUCAGGGAGCCAAAGGCAAUGGACAUGGUCCAGGAGCUGAAGUUCCCAAUGGUGGGGCUAAAAGCAAUGGAUAUGGUCCAGGAGCUGGAGUUCUCAAUGGUGCUAAAAGCAAUGGAUAUGGUCAAGGAGUGGGAGAUCCCAAUGGACAGGGUGCUAAAGCAACCAAAACUGGCUACGGUGCUGGAGCAGGCAGCUACCCUGGGGCAGGAAACAACGGCUAUGGAGCAGGUGCCAGUCUGGGACAGGGAGGAUACCCCCAGGGUGGAGCAGGGGAAUAUCCCCAGGGUGGAGCAGGUGGAUACCCCCAGGGUGGAGCAGGGGAAUAUCCCCAGGGUGGAGCAGGAGGAUUCCCCCAGGGUGGAGCAGGAGGAUUCCCCCAGGGUGGAGCAGGAGGAUUCCCCCAGGGUGGAGCAGGAGGAUACCCCCAGAGUGGAGCAGGAGGAUACCCCCAGGGUGGAGCAGGCAAACAAGGCAAAGCUGGCGGAGGUGCUAAUCUGGGACAGGGAGGAUACCCCCAGGGUGGAGCAGGAGGAUACCCCCAGGGUGGAGCAGGCAAACAAGGCAAAGCUGGCGGAGGUGCUAAUCUGGGACAGGGAGGAUACCCCCAGGGUGGAGCAGGAGGAUACCCCCAGGGUGGAGCAGGAGGAUACCCCCAGGGUGGAGCAGGUGGAUACCCCCAGAGUGGAGCAGGAGGAUACCCCCAGGGUGGAGCAGGAGGAUACCCCCAGGGUGGAGCAGGCAAACAAGGCAAAGCUGGCGGAGGUGCUAAUCUGGGACAGGGAGGAUAUCCCCAGGGUGGAGCAGGAGGAUACCCCCAGGGUGGAGCAGGCAAAUCAGCAGGUUAUGGUGAUCAAAUGGGAGGAGCAUACCCCGGGGCCGGAGCGGGCAACGGAUAUGGGAAUGGUGGAGGCCCAGCUGGUGGGGCCAAUGCAGUGCCUGCAGGCUAUGGCAAUGGCUACGGUGCUAGUACUGGAGGCAAUGGUUAUGGACCCGGUCUUGGCGCAGGAGGAUAUCCACAGGGACAGGAGAAAUAUGGGGGAGGAGUCAGUCAGCUUCCUUACAAUGGAGCCCCAGUCAAUACUGCUGGACUGGAUGCAGGUGAUGGAAGCUUCCCUUAUGGUGCUCAGCAACUGGGCCUUGGUGGUGAUGGAGGCAAAUCCUCUGGCAAAUAUGGCAACGGUGGAUUGCCACAGGGUGCACAACAGGGUGCACAGCCUUAUGGACCUGCGACUGGUGGUGGGAAACCACCUUGCAAAAAUGGAAACGGAGGGGGCUUUGGAGCACAGCCAGCAGGCUAUGGUCAAGGACAGCUGGGUGCAGGUCAGAGUGCCCCCUACAGUAACGGAGCAGGAGGGAAGGAAAGCAAAUAUGGUGGUGGUGGACUGACUGGAUUCUUUGGAAAUGGAGGGUACAAAGGUUAAGUCAAUCAGCUGAGGCCUUCUUGAAGUGAAUAUUUGUUUCGUUCUGUCAUGUGUUCAUUGUGAUGUUUGUUGUUUGGUCUGUUGUUACAUUUAACUAUUCCAUUUUUGUUUUGUAUUUGUGUUUUUUGUUUAUGGUUCUUGUCUUUUCUAUUGUUGUGUGUCUGUCCCCUCUCUUCCUCUACUGGUUUUGGAGAUUGUGUUGCCAGUGUGUUUGUGUUCAUAUCCAUUUCACACUAAAGGGCAGAAAGCAACCCCAUAAUGUCUGUCGGUCUCCUCAUUCUUUUAACCUUGGCACCAGUAUUGUAAAUGUACUGUACAUGUGAUGUGGGGGUUGAGUUUUAAGACUGAAGCUCUAUGAGUUUAAAUCAACAUCAAAUAAAAUACAAUUCAAAGA